AUGCUGAGGACCAAGACUCCGGGCCCGCGCGGCGGGAGCAAGUCCCGCCGCCGCUUCACGCCCCCCGCGACCAAGGCGCAGGCGCAGAUGGCGGCGGCGGCGGUGGCCGGCAGCUCGCCGUCGGGGGAGCUCUCGCAGAAGCUCGAGCACGUCACCCUCUUCCCCCUUUUCGCCGACUGCCCCUUCGCCUCGCCCAAGCCCUUCGGGGAGCUCCUCGAGGACCCCCGCCCGGCCCCGGCUCCCGCCCCCGCCCCCGCCCCCGCUCCGCCGCAGCAGGCCGCGCCCGUGGACGCGGACGUGCCCAUGGAGGACAGGGACGCCUGCAUCCUCAGCCAGGAUUUCUUCUGUACCCCGGAUUACCUCACGCCCGACGCGCCGCAGCUGGCGAGCGGCUUCGACGCCGAUAAGGAGAACACCCCUUGCCCCCAAUCUCCAGAGAAGUCAGUGGCCCGGAGCAAGAGGUACAAGAGAGAUUCUUCCCCGAAAGGUCGAUCCAUGGACCUAAUGGAGGCGGACAGCCAGGAGAUUACUCCGGUCCGAUUUUCUCUAAGUCAAGAUGAUCCAGAGGAAGAAAAGAUGGCGCAACCUAGUUCGCAAAAGAGAGGUAGCUAUGUCCCACAUUCAGCAAGAGUUCUGCGCUCCCAGGUGACGCCUCCACCGUGCAUCAAGAAUCCAUAUAAUAUGGACCCUCGGAUAGAUGAUAAUGUGUUCUCCGUGAGGAAAUGCAAAUCAUCAGGGUCUUCUCCCUCUAUUGGCGCUGACGGUCUUUCACGUUACCGUACUGAUUUCCAUGAAAUUGAGCAAAUUGGAUAUGGAAACUUCAGUGUCGUGUUUAAAGUUCUGAGGAGGAUAGAGGGCUGCUUGUAUGCAGUAAAACGGAGCAUCAAGCAGUUGCAUAAUGACAUGGACAGGAGGCAAGCAUUGAAGGAAGUGCAUACUUUGGUGGCCUUAGGUAACCAUGAGAACAUAGUUGGAUAUUUCACCUCUUGGUUCGAGACCGAAAAACUUUAUAUCCAGAUGGAACUCUGUGACCGUUCCCUAUCUGUGAAUGGGGACAAGCCGUUGGAGUUUGGGGAUGCCCUGGAACUGUUGUAUCAGAUCUGCAAAGGUUUGGACUUCAUUCACGGGCGUGGCGUAGCACACCUUGACGUGAAACCAGAUAACAUAUAUGUCAGGAAUGGUAUUUAUAAGCUUGGAGAUUUCGGUUGUGCUACACUUAUUGAUCGAAGUUUGGCAAUUGAAGAAGGAGAUUCUCGUUAUAUGCCUCCAGAAAUGUUGAAUGAAAAGCAUGAGCAUCUUGACAAGGUAGACAUCUUUUCUCUCGGGGCAGCUGUCUAUGAGCUUAUAAGAGGCACUCCGCUUCCUGUUUCUGGACACCAGUUUGCAAGUCUCAGAGAGGGCAAAAUCUCAUUGCUACCAGGACACCCAAUGCAGUUCCAGAGUUUAAUCAAGUCGAUGAUGGACCCUGAUCCCGUGAGGCGGCCGUCUGCGAAAGAGAUCCUGAGACACCCCAUAUUUGAGAAGCUGCGUAAUGCCUCGGCAAAGAAGUAG